GGCCUGAGGAUCAUUUUCUCGGAUGCAGCCCGGCUCAUCUUCCGGCUCAGCUCCUCUAGCGGCGUGCGGGCCACCAUCAGACUGUAUGCAGAGAGCUACGAGAGGGACCCCAGCGGCCAUGAUCGGGAGCCACAGGCAGUGCUAAGCCCUCUCAUAGCCAUCGCGCUGAAAAUAUCCCAGAUUCAUGAGAGAACUGGCCGGAGGGGACCCACCGUCAUCACCUGAACGGAGGAAAGAUCACUCACCAGGGCCAAAGAGAGUGCUCGGCGGGAUGCUCCACCAAAGCCUUCUUGCUACCUGUUUGUGCCUCUUAUGACUUUGGAAAAAACAAAAGAUAUUUUGCUGUUGGGGGGAGGGGGUGGGUGGGAAAAGAAAACAACCCAUUUUGUUUUGGUUUUUUUCCAGUUCCUCCCAGUGCAACAGGGUCUGGUCUUUAGUUGUCUAUUAAAGCUGCAUUAUUGGUUGAUA